AUGAGCACGACCGAGUCUCAAUUGGCAGGCGAGCCGUACACGAGCCGAUCGGCAGUAGAAGUCGGCGCUACGGGAGCAGCUGUAGGCGGAGCUGGAGGGCUUCUCCUCUCUUCCGUCAAGAACAGUCUUCAAACGCACAAACAUGGCGCUCUAGGUAUCUUUACCAGGACUGGUCAUCACAUCGCAACUUUGGCAGCCGUGGCUGGCGCUUUUGCUUAUACGGACGCUUUUGUGGCUAAUCAGCAAGAGGAGGAUACGUACUUGAAUGCGGCUGCGGGUGGAUGCGUGGCUGGUAUCAUCCUCGGAGCUAGCAGUGAGUGGACUGUCUCCUCGCGAUGUGUAGGAACGUCUUGCGCCUGCCCGGAUCAAAGAAGCACCCAGCAGCAUCACGCAUUCAAGAUCCAUUGUCUCACCCCAUCAAACUGACCCUCACUUGCGUCUCUCCGAUGCGCUAGGACGAUCUCUCCCCUUUGCUGCAGGGUCCUGUCUAGGUCUUUCUGCCCUUCUCGGAUCCUUCAACGCAGCGGGCUCAAGUCUUCGAGGUAGAUGGGCGCACGCUUCUCCACUGGACUCGGCAGCUAUGGGAGGCUCUGAGCAACAUGGCGAUCACGGUGCUGCAGCUGGCUCCUUUGGAUGGAGAGAAGAGCGCGAAAGGAGGCGCGCACACUUCUUCAAGGUCAGUUUGGCCAGGGGUGCACUACGAGUCGGCAGUGCUGGAUCGCGAGGUGUCGCGGAGGGAGACGGCUCGUAUGCAACAUCAGGUAGACGGAGCCUGUCCUCGUUGGGGAAAGUGGCAUUCUUCGUAUUUCCUGCUAGAAAUCGCUGACGCCUACCUCUCACCGCUUCACAGCCAAAGGAAGAGGCGCAAUAG